CCGAGCAGCAUCUCGAGAGGAGAGCAGCUAUUUACUGCGGACCUGAAGGAGGACUGGACGCGACUGUGGACAGAGGAGACUGGGGACACAAAGAGACAGGUAGACAGCGUAACAACGUCAGAGCGCCACAGCGUCUGUUCUCGGCUCCAUGUGGUCCUAAAGAAGAUGAGAGAACAUGAGAGAGGACGGAGUGAGCCAGCAUCUCUCAGCGCUCUGCCGGGAUCAGAGGUCACACUGCACCACCAGCUGCAGGAUGUGUUGUGCCUAUGUGAGGACAGGACAGUUGGUUGCCGUGGUGAAGCAUCAGAGGGGGGUGGAGCUAACAAUCCUGACUGGAGAAGAGCAGGUGGACACAGGUUCAACCAUCCAGUGGAUGGCGCCGGUCUUUUCUCCUUCAUGACGUUUCAUUGGCUGACUCCUCUGGUUCUACACGCCCGGAGAAAAGGACAGCUCCUGUUGGACGACAUAUGGCCUGUGUCAGAGCGGGAAGGUUGCCAUGCCAACAGCCUAAGGCUGGCAUCUCUCUGGGAUGAAGAGCAGAGGUCGAAAGGCUGCGAGGCGUCUCUGUGCUCCGUGGUCUGGUCUUUCUGCCGGACUCGUCUCCUCCUCUCCUUCCUCUGUCUCACCGUCACUCAGAUCGCUGGCUUCAGCGGGCCAGCGUUCGUGGUGAAGCGUCUGCUGGACUACACCCAGCAGGACGAAGCAGACCUGGGCUACGGGAUGCUCCUGGUCCUCGGCCUUCUGACAACAGAACUGGUCCGGUCCUGGUCUCUGGCUCUGACCUGGGCCAUGAACUACAGGACUGGGUCCAGGCUGAGGGGUGCCAUCCUCAGUUUGGCCUUCCAGAAGAUUCUAAAGCUGCGUAGCAUCAAGGACAAGUCCAUGGGACAGCUGGUAAACAUGUGCUCCAGUGAUGGUCAGAGGAUGUUCGAGGCAGCGGCAGUGGGUAGUCUGUUGGCAGGAGGUCCCCUGGUGGCUGUACUGGGUGUUGCCUACAAUCUGUUUAUACUGGGACCAACAUCACUGCUGGGAUCAGCUGUCUUCAUCCUCUUCUACCCCACCAUGAUGUUCAGCUCCAGACUGACGGCGUUCUUCAGGAGGAGGGGUGUGGCCGUCACAGACAGAAGGGUCCAGAAGAUGAAUGAGAUCCUGAACUACAUCAAGUUCAUUAAGAUGUAUGCCUGGGUCAAAGCUUUCGCCCAGGAUGUUUGCAGGAUCCGUGGUGAGGAGAGAAGGAUCCUGGAGCUGGCUGGUUACUGUCAGAGCAUUACUGUGGGCGUGGCUCCAGUAGUUGUUGUCAUCGCCAGCGUGGCAACAUUCUCCGCCCACAUGCUGCUAGGAUACAACCUGACAGCAGCACAGGCCUUCACCGUGGUCACUGUGUUCAACGCCAUGACCUUUGCUCUGAAAGUCACACCCUUCUCUGUCAAGUCUCUGUCUGAAGCGUCCGUCGCCAUGGAGAGAUUCAAGAGUCUCUUCUUGUUGCCGGAGGUCGCUGGUGUUCGUGCACUGCCCUGUGACCCUCAGGUUGCCGUAGAGAUGUGUGGAGCCAAUUUGGCAUGGGACAUCGGUGGUCAGAGCGCUCAGUCCAGUCCAUGUGUCCGUGCAGCUGGUCGACAAAGGGACAGGUGUUUAAGCAGGGCGGUUCUUAAGGAGGAGCCAGAAGAGGCGGAUGAAGGGACUGGCUCCCUGCUAAGAGGACAAGAAGACCCCUCAGGCCCAGAGGACGAGGAUGACAGCCCCACCUUACUGACAGGUGCUGUCUCCUCACGCCUCCAGAGGACACUGCACUGCAUCAACCUGAGCGUGCCACAGGGGACGCUGUUGGGCGUGUGUGGAAGUGUUGGCAGUGGAAAAACAUCUCUGAUGUUGGCCAUCUUAGGACAGAUGACGGUGCUGGAGGGACGGGUGGCGGUCAGAGGACGGCUCGCCUACGUGGCUCAGCAGGCCUGGAUCCUGAACGCAUCGCUGAGAGACAACAUCCUGUUUGGACACGAGUACAACGAGGAGAGGUAUCAGGCUGUCCUGAGUGCCUGCUGUCUCCGACCAGACCUCAACCUGCUGCCCGACGCUGACCUGACAGAGAUCGGUGAGCGUGGCGCCAACCUAAGUGGCGGACAGCGACAGCGAAUCAGCUUGGCCCGUGCCCUCUACAGCAACCGGGACAUUUACAUCCUGGAUGACCCUCUCAGUGCCCUCGACGCCCACGUGGCCAAUCACAUCUUCCACAACGCCAUCAGGAAGCAGCUUCACCACAAGACGGUGAUCUUCGUCACCCACCAGCUGCAGUACCUGGUGGACUGUGAUGAUGUCAUCCUGAUGAGGGAGGGGAGUAUAGUGGAGCAGGGUAACCAUGACGACCUGAUGAAACUGAAUAUGGACUACGCCACCAUGUUUAACCACUUCCAGCUGGGAGACACGCCUUAUAUAGAGACUCCCAGUAGGAAGUCUGGUUCAUCUCAGAGGAAACCAGCAGACAGCAGACCAGGACCACUGAAGAAGAAGAACACACCGGUUACCAAGGAGAACGGGGAGGAGCAGCAGUGCGGGGGCGUGGCGUGGCCUGUGUUCCAGCUCUACAUGUCGUCAUGCGGUGGUUCCACCUCCUGCCUGCUGAUCCUGGCUCUGUUUAUUCUCAACGUGGGAAGCUCUGCAUUUUGCCAAUGGUGGCUCAGCUACUGGAUCAACCAGGGCAGUGGGAAUGCCACAGUAACCCUGGGCAACAGUUCAGCUGUGAGCACCAGCAUGAAGGACAACCCCCUGAUGCAGUACUACGCUGCUGUCUACGCCUCCUCCAUGGGCGCCAUGCUGCUCCUCAAAGUUGUCAGGGGCGUGGCCUUCGUCAAGGGAACUCUGCGUGCCUCCUCUAAACUCCAUGAUCAGCUCUUCCAUAAGAUUCUCCGCUGUCCUAUGAAGUUCUUCGAUGUGACCCCCACAGCCUGGAUCCUAAACCGGUUCUCCAAAGACAUGGACGAAGUUGACACGCGGCUGCCGUUCCAGGCCGAGAUGUUUAUCCAGAACCUGAUCCUUGUCUUUUUCUGCCUUGGAGUCAUCAGCUGGGUUUUUCCGUGGUUCCUGGUGGCUGUGGGUCCUCUUGUUUUACUGUUUGCAGUACUGCACGGGGUCUCCAGGGUCUUCAUCCGGGAGUUGAAGCGCCUGGACAACGUGACCAUGUCCCCCUUCAUGUCCCACAUCACAUCGAGCAUCCAGGGCCUGUCUACCCUGCAGGCCUACGGCCGGGGCCAUGACUUCCUUACCAGGUACCAUGUUCUGCUGGACCAGAACCAGGCUCCCUUCUACCUUUUCAGCUGUGCCAUGCGGUGGCUGGCUGUACGUCUGGACAUCAUCAGUGUGGCUCUGAUCAGUGUCACUGCCCUCAUGAUGGUCCUGAUGCACGGGAAGAUCCCCCCUGCCUAUGCUGGCCUCGCCAUCUCCUACGCUGUACAGUUAACAGGGUUGUUCCAGUUCACUGUGCGGUUGGCAUCUGAGACUGAAGCUCGCUUCACAUCCGUCGAGAGAAUCCAUCACUACAUCCAGUCCCUGUCCCAAGAGGCUCCAGCCCGGGUCAAAGAUCAGGCCCCUCCAGUUGACUGGCCCCAGCAGGGGGAGCUGGUGCUCAGGGAGGUGGAGAUGAGGUACCAGGCGAACCUCCCUCUGGUCCUCAACAGGAUCUCCUGCACAAUCCGACCUAAAGAGAAGGUCGGCAUAGUGGGAAGGACCGGAUCAGGAAAGUCGUCUCUGGGCAUGGUUCUGUUCAGGUUGAUGGAGCCUUGUGGCGGCUCCAUCCUGAUCGACGGUGUUGACAUCAGUGACAUCGGACUGGCCGACCUCCGGAGCAAGCUCUCAAUCAUCCCACAGGACCCAGUGCUGUUUAGUGGGACAGUCAGGUCUAAUCUGGACCCCUUCAACCAGUACAGCGAGGAACAGAUCUGGGACGCUCUGAGCAGGAGUCACAUGAAGGAAUGUGUGUCUCAGCUUCCACUGAAGCUGGAGUCCGAGGUUGUGGAGAACGGGGAGAACUUCUCGGUUGGAGAGAGGCAGCUGCUGUGUGUCGCCCGAGCUCUGCUCCGACAGUGCAAGAUCCUGAUCCUCGAUGAGGCGACCGCUGCCAUGGACGCUGAGACAGAUGCUCUGAUCCAGGAGACCAUCAGGACGUCAUUCCAGGACUGCACCACCCUGACCAUUGCUCACCGCCUCCACACCGUCCUCGCCUGUGACCGCAUCAUGGUGCUCAACAACGGACAGGUGGCAGAGUUUGAUGAGCCCUCCAAGCUGCUCGCCAAUGAGAACUCCCGGCUGUGCUCCAUGCUUGCUGCGGUGGAAAACAAGAUCUCGGUACGAGGAUGAAGAGGAGGGAGAUGAGGAGGACCGGAUCAGGUCCCGUCUGCUCUGCUGUCUAAGGGGUGAAGAAUAAACUGACCGUAAGCUGCUCAUCCUCCUAACCUCCACAGGUGUGUCUGAGGCCUGAUAGGGAUCAGGUCUAUCCUUAAUGAUGAGCUGGCAGCGUGUGAUUGGUCAGAAGAGUAGAAACAGUACCACGGGUUAGCUCAUCAGCUCAUAGAGGAGCUGUUAGACCUGGGAUUAUUUCAGUGAUUUUAGAGCAGCCAGAAAGAGAGCAGACGUCUGUCCACUUCUCCAUGUCAGCCAGGACUUCUGGGCUGAGUACGGUCCCUCCUGAAUUUUCUCUGACCCCGAUGGAGAGGUCGAGGGAAGAAGUGAAGGAGAGUAACAGAGGACUGGCUGACUGUGGAGAGCCUGGGGUUAAAGCUUCAGCGAGGCAGCUGGAACACCUUAUACCUGCCAUCAUCACAACCAGCCUGUUUACAUGUAGACACUUCUAUGAAUUUAUUUCUGUUUAUAUUUGAUCUUUAUAAGAAUAUUGUUGGAGUCUUCAUAUCAGGGGUCUAUGACCUCCAAGAGCUUCUUUAUAAAACAAAAAUGAUAGGAGUGACCAAGAGCAACCUGCAUCACAUUCCCUACAUGUAGAGACAAAAUAAAUCAAAGCUCUGCCUCAAACACAGUGAUACGCAGAGAGAACACAUCAUAGACACACAGUACAUUCACAUGCAGUCAGAGAGAGUGGAAUUAUUGUGUUAGUGCAACUGGAACUGCACCCGUAACAUCCAUGCCAACGUGUAAAGGCAAGACUGAAACCUUUUCCAUCAGAUACACGUAAGCAGAUGAACAUUUUUACGAUCUGGGCCCCAAUCUCCUAGAAGGCAGUAGUUGUGGGUCCUGAUGCUAAACUAGUGGAAAACCACUAUUAUAAAGGAUGACAUCAUCAUUUUCAAAGGCAAGGAUGAAAU